AUUUUAAACAAAUUUAAAAAUUUUUUGUAAGCUAAAUUCUAGUAGAUAUUUAUAACAAAAAUGGGAGCAAAAUUUUUCAAACAAUCUUUUGAAACUUCAAAUCAAUAUAAAGAAAAUAAAUCUCCCAUAGCUAUGGAUCAAGAAGAAAUAGAACUUUUAUCCCGCACAAAUUUGGAAACCGAAUUUAAUAAAAUCUACUUGAAUUCUCGUGAAAAAUUACAUGCUAUAAGCGAAAAUGCUAGCGAAGAUAUGUUGCGAAAUAUUAAUCAGUAUUUCAAGCAAAAUUCAAAAUUCUUAGAAAAUUGUUUCAAUGAAAUCGAUAACAAACAAUAUGAAAUAGUUGAUUUGGUAACUGAACGUUUAACAUAUGACGAGGGUGAUUAUAAAGUGCCCAGCACAGACGCCAAAGAUAUUGACAGUUAUUUAAGAGGCAAUACUAUUUAUGAAAAACAGCAAAAGCAACAAACUCAAAAGCAGUGAAAGCCUAAAUGGCCAAGAUAAUUUUCAAGUGAGACAAUAAUAUUUGAUGAUGCCUUAUAACUGAUAAAAACAGUUUGGAAAAAUUAUGCUUUGUGAAAUAAAUGCGAGAAAAAUUACA